AUGGCAUUUCCUCCAGAAACACCAGUUGUGAAAAUGGUCACUGUCACCACAGCUUUUGCAACUCCUCAGACAAACUCCUGCGACCUGUAUGAACAUCAAAAUACAGCAAGGAUCUUAUUGCCUGUGUUUUACAGCUUUAUUUUAAUUCUUGGUGUGUUUGGAAAUGGACUUGCCCUCGUUGUCAUUUUUAAAAACAGAAAAAAGAUCAACUCUACUACCCUCUAUUCCACAAAUCUUGUCCUCUCAGACAUUCUUUUUACUACUGCCUUGCCUACACGAAUAGCAUACUAUGCACUAGGAUUUCAUUGGCCAUUUGGAGAAACACUUUGCAGACUAACUGCUCUCAUAUUUUAUAUCAACACAUACGCAGGUGUAAACUUUAUGACUUGCUUGAGUAUUGACAGGUUUUUUGCCGUAGUCCACCCUUUUCGAUACAACAAAAUCAGAAGAAUUAAACAUGCCAAGUAUAUUUGUAUAUUUGUCUGGUUUCUUGUAUUUAGCCAAACACUUCCAUUGCUCCUACAGUCCAUGUCAAACGAGGAAGGAGAAAGGACUACAUGCAUGGAAUAUCCAAACUUUGAAAAAAUUCCACAUCUACCAUGGAUACUUCUUGCUGCCUGUUUAAUAGGGUACAUCAUUCCCCUUGGAAUUAUACUAUUUUGUUAUUCUCAAAUUAGUUGCAAACUUUUUCAAACUGCUAAGGAAAACCCAUUAACUGAAAAAUCAGGGAUAAACAAAAAGGCCAUCAACACAAUCAUUUUUGUAAUUGUUGUGUUUGUCAUCUGUUUUACUCCUUAUCACAUUGCAAUUAUCCAACACAUGAUCAAGAAGCUUCAAUAUAAUCCUUUGUGCAGUGAACAGCAAACCUUCCAGAAGUCCCUCCAUUACACUGUGUUUCUGAUGAAUUUUAACUGCUGCAUGGAUCCUUUCAUCUAUUUCUUUGCAUGUAAAGGAUACAAGAGGAGGAUAAUGAAAAUACUGAAACGUCAAGUUAGUAUAUCAGUUUCAAGUGCCGUCAGGUCAGCUCAUGAAGAAAGCUCACGUGAGAUGGUUGAAACACACAUGACUAUACUUUCAAAACCUUCAAAUGGAAAGUUAUAA